AUGUAUUCUUUUGCUGAAUUCCAAUAUAAAAACAAGCCAUCUUAUAUCAGUAUUAACUCCCCAUCCCAUGGGAAACAUGUUAAACCACCAGUUCCAAAGUUAGCUUUUGAAAAUCUUAAAUGUGAUGAGAAUCAACCAGUAAAUUCUGCAAGAGUUUAUGGUCCAAAGGCUCCAGCAGGUCCAAAUCCAAGAUUUUCGCAUGCUCCUCGCACAGCGAGAAAGCCCGCCAUGUCACCAAUCAUCCCAAACGCACCAAUUUCACCUGAAGAAGCAAAAUCCAAGUAUGCUUCAAUGCUUACUUCCUAUGAGAUGAAUGAAAUCAAAGACUUCCCUGAGAUUUAUUAUCUCGGAAUUCCUUCGAAGAAAGUUCAAGUCAAAUCAACACCAGGCUCGAAUAACUACGGUUUUGAUGAUUCUAAUUAUCAUUACAAGGCAAUUGUAGGUGAUCAUUUAGCAUAUCGCUUUGAAAUCCGUGCUAUUUUCGGAAAAGGUGCAUUUGGACAAGUUCUUCGCUGCUACGAUCAUAAGACAAAGCAACAAGUUGCAAUCAAGCUUGUUAUUAAUACUGAACAAAUGCAUGAACAAGGUAAAAUCGAAGUUAUGAUUGUUCAGCAUUUGAAUAAGUACAAUCCAGAUAAGAACAGUGAUAUUGUACGAACAUUUGAUGCAUUCAUUUGGAGACAACACAUUGCUGUUUCAUUCGAGAUUCUUGGAAUGAAUCUUUACGAAUACAGUCGCUCAAUUCGUUUCCAGCCGAUGUCUUUGCAACAAAUCCACUCAAUUGCAAAGCAUAUGCUCAACGGUCUUGCUUUCUGCCAUAAGCACAACGUUGUUCAUUGUGAUAUGAAGCCUGAAAACGUUUUACUUCUUCCAAACUCCACAAUGAAAUGUAGAGUCAUCGAUUUUGGAUCAUCAUGUUUUGAUGGACAUCAAAAAUAUGAAUACAUCCAAAGUCGUUACUAUCGCGCUCCAGAAGUUAUUCUUGGAAUCAAAUACGGACCUCCUAUGGACAUCUGGUCUUUUGCUUGCAUUGUUGUUGAAAUGAUGAUUGGAAGACCACUAUUCCCAGGUGAUAAUGAACAUGAACAGCUUGAAAUGAUCAUGGAAGUUUUCGGAGUUCCUCCAGUCUCUGUCAUCAAUCAAUGCAAGAGGAAAGCAGAAUUUUUCACUCCAGACAACAAGCCAUUAUUAAGAAACAGAAGGAAGAAACUCAGAAUGCCAGGCCAAUCAAACUUGAGAGCUGCCACAAAGUUCUCAGACCCUGUUUUCCUUGAUUUCUUGCAGAAAUGUUUUGAAUGGGAUCAGGAUAAGAGAAUCACAGCUGAGCAAGCAUUGAACCAUCAAUGGUUCAGUGUUGUAAAAACAGUCAAGGCCAAUACAAGGUCGAACUCAGCUAGACCAAAUUCUGGAAAAUCUCUUCCAGGUAUUAAUACUAGAAACAGAUAUUAUUAG